AUGUCGUAUCGCAAAGUUAUGGCUGAGGUCAAAUUUGGAGAGAUCCUCUACCGGCCACCAAGUAUGGCGAGCACAAAGCAGUUUAAGAAUAUAGGAGAAGACUUGUGGAAGUCUAGAACGGACAAGAUAAACGCAGAGCUAUUUACAAUGGCAUAUGGUUCUCUCGUAGUACAGCUCAUUCAAGAUUACGAAGAUUAUGCCGAAGUGAACAAGCAGCUCGAGAAAAUGGGAUACAACAUCGGGACGCGACUGAUAGAGGACUUUCUCGCUCGAAGUAGUCUUGGACGAUGCGCGGAUUUCCGGGAGGUCGGCGAGGUGGUAGCAAAGGUCGGAUUCAAAUCAUUCCUCAACAUCACACCCUCAGUUGUGCACCAUCCAGCUCCAGGGAGCGGCACAGGAACGGCUCAACCCGCAGGAGCGACGCCACGAUCCUCCUGGUGCAUUUUUGUGCUCACAUUGGACGAGAAUCCAUUGGCAGAGUUUGUCGAAUUGCCUGAAUCUGCUCUCCCAACUGUCGGCGCUGAUUCGACACCGACGGGUGGGUUAUGGUACAGUAAUAUCCUAUGCGGGGUCUUACGAGGUGCGCUGGAAAUGGUUCAGAUGCAGUGCGAGGUCGUAUUUCUGAGCGACGUCUUGCGAGGGGACGAGUCGACGGACAUUAGGGUCAAGUUGGUUCGAUACCUAGAGGAAGAGGUACCAGUUGGGGAUGACUAA